AUGUCCAACCCCUCGCCCUCGACUACGACGAUCGGCGACACACUCAACGACAAGAUGAGCUCCUUCUUCCACCUGCAACCUUCCUCUCAGUGAGUUUUCCUCCGCGCUGAGACUGCCGCCGGUGGCUUUUUCGGCGGACCACCGCUCGCUCCGCUCGGUUUCCGGAGGCCACGAGGCUAAAUUCGUCAAUUCGUCGCAUUUGUCGCGGGCGCUUGGCUGACCGACCGCCGUGGUCAAUCCGCGUACAGCAAGCGCAAGAAGGCCUAUAAGAUUGGCGCCCAUCUUGGAACGUGGGUGGUCAGCAUCCACUCUGUUCUCAUUUUCCCUGACACUGACAUGUCGUUUAUCCUGGCAGCGGGGGCUUCGGCGAGGUGAAGCAAGCGACCGAACUCGCGACGGGCAGACAGGUCGCCAUCAAGAUCAUUCUCAAGACCAAGAUACCCGACGUCAAGAUCCAAGUGAAACGUCAGGACGAUCUCAAGAAAUUAGAGUGGGUCAUCUCCAUCCUUCCCGGGAGCCCUAGACUUGGGGCCCAGCAUUCAAAGUGAGCUGACCCUCACUACCCGCCUAUCUUCCCCCUAUAGUCACCCUCAUAUUGUUAAGUUAUUCGAAUGGUUCGAGUCCAAGGAAAAGAUGUACCUCGUAUUCGAGCUCGCUGCAGGCGGAGAGCUGUUUGAUCAUCUUAUCGACGCCGGCCGCUUCGACGAGGACGAGGCUAAAGAGGUUGCCUACGCGCUAUGUGUGAGUUUGGUGAACUCGCAGAAAAGAAUUAUCGAAUUUGACAUGAUCACAAAUGCUAAUGAACAUCAUCGAUUUGAUUAGGACGCCGUCACGUACCUGGCUUCGCACAACGUGCUUCACCGAGACAUCAAACCCGAGAAUGUACGUCACCGAUCGCCGCCGGCCGCUGUCGAAGCAAGCUCCCCUCUGCGUGAUGAAGCCCCCCUCUGCGUAAUGCUUACGGGUUCAUCACUCUUCCGCCAUUCAUUCAGGUUCUAUACCGAGACCCUCCAGGUCACAAUGGCGCAGGACACGACGAUUGCGUCCUAUCCGAUUUUGGCCUCGCGACCGUCGUGAACCCGAACGAGCGGCUGCACACCAUCGCCGGUAGCGCAGGCUACUCGGCACCCGAGAUGUACUCCGAAGAAGGCUAUGGCCUCGCCGCCGAUUGCUGGUCAUUAGGGUAAGCCUCAUCAACUUGAUCAAUUCCUAUGACUUGAACUAAUUCGACCAUCCCACCUUUAACCCUGCAGCGUCGUCGUCUUUGCCAUGAUGGGCGGUCGAUUCCCCUACAAAGCGACCGAACCACGAGCCCUCGCGCACGAGGCUCGAACGACCGAGCUCUAUUUCCCGCCCGUAUGGAGACCCGUCUCGGCGCAAGCCAAAGAUUUCGUCCGCAAGUUACUCGAAGUCGACCCCACCAAACGCAUGACGGCGUUACAGGCUUUACAACACCCUUGGUUGCGCACGGCCAAAUCUCGUCCCCCUUCGCCUAUGUCGGGCACCAAGACUCCUUUGCAGUUGCCUCUGGAUCCGACGAUCCACGAAGAGGACGAAGAAGGUGUCGAUGGUCAAGUGCCGAGAAGGAACAAGAGCGAAAUCGAACUUAAGCGCCAUGGACCGCCGAUGAUCGAUGCCGCGGACGUCGAGAAGAGGUUGUUGCAAGAUCAAGCGAAGAAGAUCGAGAAGACGGACAGCGAGGAAGGGUCCGAUGGGUUCGCGGAGCAUGAGGAAGAUGGAGGGGAUGUCGUGUCGGCUGAACCGAUCAAGGUUGAACGACCCAAGGUGCAGAAGAAAGUCAGUGAGAUGGAGAUGGAUCCCACGACGGUUACGGAGGGACAGAUCGAACGACGACCGACGCUCGUUCAGGCGUCAAGGAAGAGGACCGUCCUUUGA